AUGAAUAACCAUCCUGCAGCAGUCCACUGUACUACUCCGUCUGAAAAACCAGAGUCAACAACGACGACAUCCAAUGCACUGUUUCCAUGUCCUGAUCCAGAGGGGCUCUAUCCAGUCACAGGGAAUUGCUCGUCUUUUUAUCAGUGUUCUGAAGGGAAGCCGUACUUUGCCAUAUGUCCAGAAGGUCUUCAUUUCAACAAAUUAUAUGACGUGUGUGAACAUCCUUGUGAUGCCAAAUGCGAUCCAACAAUAAACUGUUCAACAAGAAGAAAAAGAAGUUUUAGAGAAUUUCCUGAUAAAUUUGUCAAGAUUAUGGCAAAGAUUUUUCCUCUCAACAGUCAACAGCAGAAGAAGUUUAAAGCGAAUUCAAAGUUUUUUAAGCCAAAAUGGUGAUAAAAGUGAAAGCUAGUGAAUUUGUCGGCGUACUGUGCUGAUAAACAAACAUCUAUUUUUACACAAGUCCUUUCAAAUGCUCUCUACGUUUAUUUUUGUAUUAAAAUUUUUCAUAUCGUUUAAAAUGCUUUUUUAAAUUUUAU